AUGAGCAGCAGUUAUGCUCUCAUACCACAGUCAGCUGUCGCCCUUACAACAUCCAAGAGUCCUGGCUUUCUAGACGUAGUUAUGAGUGUUAGACUCUUUUCCGAGUUGUCGACGUUAGAGCACCUCAAUCUUAAGGAAGAGAGCGCCAUAAUGCCCGCCCUGUUCGGCCUCAAAAACUAUGACCCCCAAAAGGAUAAGCGUUUCAGUGGCACUGUUAAGUUGAAGCACAUUCCCAAGCCAAAGAUGGUGCGUGUUUUUGAAGACCAGAUGCACAUAGAUGAAGCAAGUGAAAAUGAUUUACCAUGCAUGUCUGCUGAUGACCUCAUGAAAUUGAACAAGGACAAAAAACUUGUUAAAAAGCUUGCCAAGAAAUAUGAUGCUUUUAUUGCAUCUGAUGCCUUGAUUAAGCAGAUUCCUCGGUUGUUGGGUCCUGGCCUUAACAAGGCAGGAAAGUUCCCUACCAUUUGCACUCUGAAAAUGAGUGAAAAGUUUGAUGAAAUAAAGGCAAUUAAGUUCCAAAUGAAAAGGGUGUUGUGCUUGUCAGUUGCCAUUGGUCAUGUGGAUAUGACUGCCGAUGAGCUGGUUCAGAAUAUACUUUGCAAUGAACUUCCUGGUCUAGCUUCUUAACCCUUUCAGGGUUUCGGAUUUACUAGUACGGCUUAUGCACCAGGGUUUUGAGAGAAAGCUGGUAGGCCUACAUGUGAAAGAAUGGGUCUGUGGUCAGUGUGCACUGUAUAAAAAAAAUCAUGCAGCGCACAGUGCGUAAUGAGAAAAAAAAAAACUUUGACAGUGUUUUUUGGAUUAAAAUGGCGACUUUGCACUGUACAUUGGACCCUCGAGUUUCGUGAUUAAUCCGUUCCAGAGAGCCUGCCGAAGGUCGAAAUUCAAGAAACUCGAAACCAUUUUCCCCAUAAGAA